AUGAUUGGGGUGGAUGGUUCAACAAAUGGCUUUACGACACGAUUCCUUGGAUUUCAAGUAUAUAUUUCAAAUACUACAGACAGACUUAAAGGUCACUUAUGUUUUCAUGACACAAACUACACCAUAAGCACAAUACCUGCUGUCGUCAAUAUAACUUGUCCUGUACAUGGACAAUAUGUCAUCUACCACAACGAGAGAAGACCCGGUGUUACUUAUCCUGAUGAUUAUUCGAAGUAUGCCUACAUUGAGCUGUGUGAGGUAGAAGUUUAUGGAUGUCCAGACCCCACACACUAUGGAUCCGAUUGUUCAUAUAAAUGUUCAACAAACUGCCUUCAAUAUUGCGAUAUAGUGUCUGGAAAGUGUCCAAGUUGUGCUCCUGGUUACAAGGGUAAAUGGUGCGAGCAAGUUUGUGAUGAUGGAUUGUUUGGGGAUGGCUGUAGCCUAGUUUGUGGGCAUUGCAAACAAUUGGCUGAAUGUCACCCAGUAGAUGGAACGUGUUUGAAUGGAUGUUCCCUGGGAUAUCAAGGACCCUACUGCAAUAAAAAAUGUGACAGAGGAUUUUAUGGGGGUAAUUGCAGCAUGCCUUGUGGACAUUGCAUCAGUCCUGCCUGGAAGGAUCCUUUGGAAGAAAUUGUUCUGAGACGUGUAGCAGUGCAUGCUAUGGUUCGACGUGUAACGGAACAAAUGGUAAAUGUGACAAUGGAUGUUAUCCGGGUUGGAGGGGAGAUUAUUGCAACGAAGCCUGCAGUGAAGGAUAUUUUGGAGAAAAAUGUGUCCACAAGUGUAACGAUACAUGUAAAGGAUGUAACAAUGUUAAUGGCGUCUGUGAGCAUGGAUGUCAUACUGGAUGGAAAGGAGACUUUUGUGAUGAAGGGAGGGUCAGAGUGCGAUUACAAUCAAUAUGGAACAGCCUGCAAUAAGACAUGUGGUAAUUAUAUCAAUAGCGAGACAUGUCAUCACAUCAAUGGUUUUUGCGUCAAUGGUUGUGACUCUGGAUAUCAGGGAAAUAAAUGUGAUCAAGUUUGUGAGUUUGGAUUUUACGGGAUAAAUUGCAGAGAUGUCUGCAGUACGUUUUGUAAAGUAUCACGUGACUGUCAUCACGUAACUGGUGUCUGUAAAUUUGGCUGUAAAGCUGGAAUGACUGGGCUUGAUUGUCUACGAGUUGAAGACAACGACAUGUACCAAGCUAGAUUUUAUGGCAUUUUGGUACUAUUUUGUGUAACAAUGGUUUUCAUUGGGCUGUUCCUAUCUUACAAAAUCAGGAACUGGAUUAAAGAAUCGCAAGAAAGAAAUAACAAGACUCAUCAUCAUCAGAAAGAUGACGUGACCCUUCAUAAAAUAGACGAUUUUGCAGUUGAAAAUAUUUACGACAAUUAA